CAAUUCAAGGCAAAGUCGGAGGCAAGUCUACAACGGCUCGCCUCCCACACUCACAUAUAAAUGAGGGUAGGUACGCGACUGAAAGAAGAGCAUCCAGCACUCAGGUUCCCAACCCAACUUCUACAGUAAUCACUACUCCUCUUCCAUUCUAUUAAUAACUUUCCUACUUAUUUACUUAAUCAUCUGACCGGUUCAGACCAUUUCCAUAUUCAAAAUGUACUUCACCAAGUCCUCCGUUGUUGCCUUCAGCCUUUUGGCUUCCUCUUCUCUCGUGGCUGGCCACGGUGCUAUCAUUGCGGCUACCGGUGAUGCCGGAGGUGCUGGUUCUGCCAUCGGCGUAGUCCCCACCACUCCUCGUGACGGCACAAACCGCAACCCUUUCCAGCAGGACUCUACUCGCUUCAAGGGUGCUGCCGCAGCCACCUGCGGUGAGACCCUCGGUGGAGGUGCCAACGAUGUUCAGGCCGGCACCGCCCAGGUCAUGCAGCUCAAUGGCGCCACUCUUCCUCAGAUCUCCGCCGGUGGUGCUCUCAUGAUGACGGUCCACCAGGUCAACUCCGACGGCGCUGGUCCUUACAAGUGCAUGAUCGACGCCACUGGUACGGGUGCCAACUGGGUCCCCAUGACCGUCACCCAGAACCUUCCCGGUAACGCCCAAGGCCGCAACAAGGACACUCAGCUGCAAGAUCAGCCCCUCAACGUCCAGGUCGCGGCUACCCAGACCUGCACUGGUACCGUCGCCGGACAGAGCAACGUCUGCAUGGUCCGCUGCCAGAACCCUGCUCGUGCCGGUCCCUUUGGUGGAUGCGUGCCCGUCCAGAUGGCUGGAGCUGCCGGUGCUGCCGGUGCUGCUACAGGUGCCACAGGAGCCACUGGAGCCGCAGGUGCUGCCGGUGCUGCCGGUGCUGCCGGUGCUGCCGGUGCUGCUACAGGUGCCACAGGAGCCACUGGAGCCGCAGGUGCUGCCGGUGCUACUACAGGAGCCACAGGCGCUACAGGAGCCACAGGCGCUACAGGUGCUACUGGAUCCACAGGUGCUGCCGGCGCUACUACAGGUGCCACAGGAGCCACAGGUGCUACAGGUGCUACUGGAGCCACAGGUGCUACUGGAGCCACAGGUGCUACUGGAGCCACAGGUGCUGCUCCUGCUCGCGGCGCCGCCGCUGGAAAUGCUGGAACUGCUGGAACUGCUGGCGCCGCAGGCGCUGCUACUGGAGCCAACACCAUCUCCUCCCCCGCUCAGCGCCGCAAGAACUCUCCCGCUCUCACCAACGACGACCAAGAAGAGGAGGUCGACCUCCUCCAGGGCGAGUUCUAAGCUCUCGGCUCCUCGAGCUAUAAUAACGAGAACGAUACGGCAGAAAAGGCAACAAUGGACGAUGCAGAGCGCCUAAUGACUGGUGUACAUACCAAGCAAUGUUUUUAAUAUAGUUGGAAUUGAGUGGUAGAGUGCGGUAUAGUCCUGAUGGUCUGCGACCAGGGGCGAGAUCAUGUAUGAGUUAGUGGUAGAUGGUAGCGGGAGUGGUUACGCAUAGUCUGGCUUGGGAACCGGUCUGUUACGCUCCUUUGGUACUGGUUAGGCAGUAAUUUAUGAAUUGGUGUCUUCAAA